GCGCGGGUGACGCGCUUUCUGCCGCGCCGGGACAACACCGUCACGCGUGCCGCCGUCUCUGAGUCUCCUCCACCAUGUCCGGGAGUCUAGCAAACCGACUUUUAGUCCCGGUGGCUGUCGCUGCAGCCAUUGUGCACGCCAGCAUCUACGAUGUUCCUGGAGGGUACCGUGCAGUCAUGUUUGAUAGGUUCUCCGGUGUGAUGGACAGGGCUAAACCGGAGGGAACCCACUUUCUCGUACCCUGGCUGCAACGUGCCAUCCUGUACGACUGCCGUAUAAAGCCAAGGAAUAUAUCCACUACGACUGGUUCAAAAGAUUUGCAGAUGGUCUCUAUCACCCUCCGAGUUCUGUCACGCCCGGACGUCGAGCACCUCCCAAAAAUCUACCAGAGUCUGGGGCUCGAUUACGACGAGAGAGUACUCCCGUCGAUUGGAAACGAAGUGCUCAAGAGCAUCGUCGCUCAGUUCGAUGCGGCGGAGCUUAUCACACAGCGUGAAGUGGUGUCGUCGCGAAUCCGGGAGGACCUGCUUCAGAGAGCAGGCGAAUUCAACAUCAAGUUGGAGGAUGUCUCCAUUACACACUUGACAUUCGGCAAGGAAUUCACUCAGGCUGUCGAAGCGAAGCAGAUCGCUCAGCAAGACGCUGAGCGGGCGAAGUUCAUUGUUGAAAAGGCGGAGCAAGAGCGUCAGGCCGCCGUCAUCCGGGCAGAAGGCGAAGCGGAGGCAGCUGCGACCAUUUCGCGCGCGCUGAUGUCUGCAGGAGAUGCAUUCGUCACGUUCCGGAAGAUCGAGACGAGCAAGGCGAUUGUUCAGUCGCUCUCUGGAAACCCGAAUGUGACGUACAUCCCGAGUGGGGGAGGUAAUGUUCUGUUGAAUGUACCUACGCGCAAGUAGUCAGCGGAAUAUAUUCGCGCAGUCGCAUGCUCGAACCUGCGCGUUCGGAGAAGCCGGAGAAUUGACUGGCGGCAGCCAUCCGAUAAUUUUAGUCGGCCCGGAGAUGGCCGAGGCAGGUUUACGAGCGGGCGCCUGGGGAGAUGCGAGCAGAACGGCA